ACGGACUCAGGUCACCAUGGCAACGCGGCGGGACCGGAGGCUGCUCGCGGCUGGCGUUCCGGCAGCCGAGAUGCCGCCCCCGCCUGGGCCUCAGGACCAGGCCCUGGACGCCCUGCUGGCCCGCAAGGAGGAGGAGUGGCGGGCGCUGCAGGCCCGGCGCUGGCAGGUGCAGGAGGCCGCCCUGCAGGACGCUCAGCGCCAGCUGGAGGAGGCGCAGGCGAAGCUGCGGCGCCUGCAGGAGGACUUCGUCUACAACCUGCAGGUGCUAGAGGAGCGGGACCGCGAGCUGGAGCGCUACGACGCCGCCUUCGCCCGGGCCCGCGGGCUGGAGGAGGCCCGGCAGGCCGAGGUGAGCGAGCUCCAGAUCGAGGUGGCCAAGCUGAGGCAGGCGCUGGCCCGCGAGGCCCGGCGGCUGGAGGACGCGCAGCAGCAGCAGGAGCAGAGGCUGCGGGAGCACCGCCUGGAGCUGGAGCGGGUGCACAGUGACAGGAACAGUGAGCUGGACCAGCAGCAGGAGCAGUACAGAAACCUGAAGUGGAAGCUGGAGCGGAGGCUGGAGGAGCUGGACGGCGAGCUUGCCCUGCAGCGGCAGGAGCUGCUCCAGGAGUUUGAAUCUGAGAUGCAGAAGCGGGAGCACGGGUUCCGCCUGCAGGCCGACAGCAUGAGCAGUGUGGUCCUGGCGCACGAGCUCAAGGUCAAGCUGUUGAACAAGGAGCUGGCGGCCCUGAGAGAGGCCGGGGCACGGGCGGCGGAGUCCCUGCAGAGCACGGAGGCGGCGCGUGCCGAGCUGGCGGGCCAGCUGCAGCGCAAAGAGCUGGAGCUCAGGGACCUGGCCGCCGUGAAGGACGCCAGGAUAAAGGACUUAGAGGAGACACUUCGCUGGGCGCGUGUCACCAGGAAAAAAGAAGAGGAUUCGCUCAGGAGGAAGCACGAGGAGCUGGACCGUCUGGCCCGGGAGAGAGACGCGGCGCUGGCGGCGGCCGAGAGCACGCACGAGGAGCAGCUGCGGGCGGCCGAGGCCCGGGCCCUGGAGCUGCAGGCGCGCUGCGAGGGCCUGGAGGUGCAGCUGCGCCGGGCCGAGUGGGGACAGACGGCCGCCUCCCGGGAGAGGGACGCCACCAUUGACAAACUCCGGGAAGAUGCGUCGGCUCUGAAAUCCGCCUGGGAUGCCGAGGUGGCCCGGCUGUCCAGGGAGAUGACGGCCCAAGACCUGCAGGUCCAGUCGCUGCGGGAAAAAGAGGGGGAGCUGAAGGCACAGCUGGCCAGAUGCCAGCAGGACGUCGGAAGGUAUAAGCAGCAGCUGUCCCUGGCGGCGGAGAGGGAGCAGAGCCUGGAGCGGGAGAAGGUGCAGCUGGAGCUGGACUGGCAGCGCCGCUGCGACGGCGUCGAGCGCGAGCAGUACCAGCGGUCCGAGGACUUGAUUCAGGGCCUGACCGCAGCCAGAGACCAGGCUGCCGCCAAGCUCCAGGAGGCAGAGCGGGUGCUGCACGAGCAGGACGUGGUGCUGAAGGCGGUGACCCGGGAGCGAGACCAGGCCCUGCAGGCGCUGCGCACCCACGGGCCCCGCCCUGAGGAGGCGCAGACGCUCCUGAGGCCUCGUGAAGAGGAAACGAGGACCCGCUCUCCGGCUCUCGCGGUGCAGCGGCUGCAAGAGCAGAACGCGAGCUUGCGAAGUGUCAUCGCGCAGAUGAGACAAGAGAUGGAGACGCUCAGUGACCAGAUGCUCCCUCCUGCCCGCUUAGGGGCGGGGGCCCCCGAGGCCACCCAGGACCCGAAGGCAGCAGCUGAUCCCACCGUUCCUGGUUACGUUCUGGCUCUUGAAGCAGAAAUGCGACACCUAAAGCAUAAAUUUAAAACCCUGGAGGAACACCUGGAAGUGUCAGAGCCUUGGAAGACCCCCUCGUCCUGCGCCGGUGCUCAGCCCGGUGUCCCGGCUUCCGCAGAUGCUGCCGGAGGAGCUGUGCCCGGCGACAGCACCUCCACGGGACUGGCGCUCCGGAAGCUCCGAGACAGGGCACGGCUCUUGAACUUCCUGGUGGCGCGGCUCAGACGGAAGGUGCUGCAGGAGCCCCUGGACGUGGACACCGUUCAGCGAGAGCUUCCCCACGAGCUGGACCAGGUGCGCCUGGAGGUUCUGCAGCUGCAGAGGCAGGUGGCUGAGCUGGAGCAGCAUCUCGGGGCGGCCCGGAAGGAAGGCGGCGGCACCUUGGACACUGCGGGCCUCGGAGCAGAGGGCCCCACGGAGGCAGACGGAGGGCGUGCGGGCACCGGGGAUCCGGGGGCACAGCCCCCCCAGGCCCUGUGUGUGCCCCGGCUCCAGAGGAAGCUCAGGGAGGCGGCAAGGAAAAUCCUGCGGCUGCGCCUGGAGAAGGAGCAGCUCCUGGAGCUGGGGAACCGGCUCCGUGCAGAGCUGGGCCGCCUCCCCGGUGGCGAGUGCCCUGAGAUGACCUGUCAGGUCAUGAACCCCGUGGCGGUGGCCGCGGUCAUCACGCAGUGCAGGGACGCGCUGCCCAGGAAGGGUCCUCCCAUCACUUGACAGCAGCACAAACGCGAGCCCGGCCCCCACCCCGCGGUGCUGGGGAAGGAAGCAGGUGGAGAGAGGCCCCCACUGCCCUCUCGGUAGCUCUGCUCACGGCUGCCCUGCCCUCCAGGCUUGCCCUCCGGUGGGCCCUCACCCCCCGGGAGCUGCCGGAGCAGCCCCGUCGCCGCCGAAUGAAGAUGCUGCCCUUAUUCGUUCCACAGCCCCCGAGGCCUGGGGUCGGGCUCCCCACGGCCACGAACGACCCUCUUGGGUCCGCGUCUGCGGACAGGUGCGUGGCCCAAAGCCCGCGGGGCCCCUGAGCUCGGCCCGCCCCUCCCCUCCUCCGGGCGGGUGGGUGGCAGUGUCGGGAGCCACCUGUCCUCGACCCUGGCCGUUUCCACUCCCGGGGCCCCGCUGUGGUGGCCGGCUUCGCGUCCCGCGUCCCUCAUCCCUCCCCUGCGCCCUGCUGCCCGCAUCCUGCCCGGCUCUUACCUCGGGGCAGGGGGGCGCAUCUGCGGUUCACAGCGCGAGGGAGCAGGCCCCGCCCUCGGCCGCCGCCCUGGACCUUCGUCUGUCACCACCAGAGAGCCCUCAGCCAGAGCCCGCGGUGUAGCUCGGGCCCCUGUGCGUGGACAAGGGGAGGUGACGGACAGGUCCCCACCUGCAGGGCAGCGGAGGGGCUUCGCGCCUGGCCUCUGCCCCGCUCCCUCCUCACCGGCUCUGUGGCCGCCUGCUCCAGAAUGUCAGAGGCCUGGAACCACACAGGGUGGAGCCUUUGACAUUUGACAUUUGAAAAGUCUUUGUUGUUUUCUGAUCGUGAAAAGGCUGCUUGUGCUAUAAACCUUGAAAUGCGUGCUGUGAAAUUGCUGGUUUCUGCUGGGAAGCACAAAUCACUAACUAGUAGUCCGGUUGGUUCACCACUCAGCCACGACGGGAGGUCCUCUUUCUGCUGAAUUUUUGAUUCAUCAAGAAAUGAUUUGGGAGUUCCCGUCGUGGCGCAGUGGUUAACAAAUC